UUCAUAUAAUUACAUGAAUUAAAUGCUUGCUUCCAUAUUUUCACAAUAUGAAAAAAAUAAUAUAAUUUUUAAUAACCACACAAAAAAAUUUACACAUAAUCUCACGGUAGAAUUUGUUUUGCUUAGUUUUUUGACAAAUGUCAAAACACCGUCACUUUGUUCGUUAAACAUUCACAUUGUUUACAAUACUAAACUCUAGCAGGACAAUGACCGAUAAAAAGGUACAAAUAAACAAACGCGGAAAGGGACGUGUAAAUCGUGAAGAAAUACUUCAAUGGAGCAGAGAGGAGCUGAUAGCCAAGAUUUUACAAUUGGAUGCGUAUAACUUCCAAAUAAGAAAUUUGUUACAAAAAAAGUUGGGACAAAAUGACUGCGAAUUUUAUGAAGAACUCGCCAGCUUGGACGCUGAGGAAAAUACAGAAAAAGUUCAACAUACUCAACCACAACCAAUUCAAAAGCCACAAAAACGUAAAUUCGACUUUAAAAAGAGUCACAAGCGGCACGUGCUGAUGAAAUUGCUUUAUUUCGGUUGGGACUACCACGGCUUGGCAACUCAAGAAGAUUCAAAUGCUACAAUAGAGCACCACCUAUUUCAAGCGCUAAUUCGCACCUGCUUGAUAGAGUCGCGCGAAACUGCCAAUUAUCACCGUUGUGGUCGCACUGACAAAGAAGUAAGUGCCUUCUGCCAAGUUAUAUCAAUAGACUUACGCAGUAAAUUUCCAUUGGAACAACAGCUUUUAACUGAAUCAAUAGCUAAUGAAAUUGAUUAUUGUGCAUUAUUAAACCGUGUCCUUCCCCGCAACAUACAAGCGGUGGCAUGGAUGCCGCUCCGCAGUCCAGUGUACAGCGCUCGUUUCGAUUGUGUCGGGCGCACAUAUCGUUAUUACUUUCCAAAAGGAGAUUUAAAUAUAGAGGCGAUGCAAACAGGAUGUGAAUUGCUAGCAAGACAUACCGAUUUCCGAAAUUUUUGUAAAAUGGAUGUUAACAACGGCGUGACCAAUUAUAUAAGGCAAGUUUUUAAAGCUACUGUACAAAGGUGCGAAGUGGAACAAUGUGGAAAAAAUUCUUUAGAUGGAUAUGCUAUGUAUAUGUUAGAAAUCAGAGCUAAUGCCUUUCUUUGGCAUCAAAUUCGCUGCAUUAUGGCAGUUUUACUGCUUAUAGGUGAGGGUAAAGAGCAGGCGGAAGUAAUAAGUGAAUUGCUGGAUGUAGCCAAAAACCCAUGCAAGCCGCAAUACACUCCAGCUAUCGGUUUGCCAUUAAAUCUCUUUCACUGUGAAUUCCGCAAGCAUACCAUACAACCUACUGGUAAUAUUACAAAUGAUGGGGGUUCAGCGAAUUCAGAAAAAGAAGAUUCGCAUACAACUGCUUGGAUAUACGGUGAUGAACACCUACAAAAACUCAUCGAGAAUGUGCAAGGUGAAUGGAUGCAGUACAAUAUCAAAAGUACUAUGAUACGCGAUGUGUUGCACCAAUUAGAAAGCACCUAUCAAAAAGAAUAUCAGUCUUCACCACAGGUGCAAGCGCAGGCUUGGUUGCUGCAAGACGGAGUGCGUCCACGUCAAUAUCAACAACUUUUAAAUCGCAAACGUUGUGAGAGUUUGGAAAAUCGUAUUGAACAUUUCGUUAAAAAGCAGCGUUUGAUAGUUACCAACGAUCCCGCAACACAAAGCAACUUAGUAACGAAAACGAUGGCUAAAACGUAACAUACACACAUACAUAUUAAAAUCUAAUAAAAUUUGUACCUCGAAUUAUGAAUAAAAUGAUCUUAUUUUGUUUCUUAAUGAUCAAUCAUAUGUUAACCUUACCCAAUUUUUACGCGCUGCAUAUGCGGUACAUUGCAUUGUCAUCUUUAAGAAGUAUUUUAAAGUUAAGAGUAAACGAAUGUAUUUCUAAAUUUAGGGAAAUAAACGAUUAUCUUAUUAAA